UUUUCAUAUAUAUAUAAACCCUCGAAUUCAAGCAGCUCUCGCUCAGCAGUCACCACUCACUACGCUGAAGAAACUAACAUGGCGGAACUCAAUUUCUUUGUUGGGGUCAUAGGGAACAUCAUCUCAAUCCUCAUGUUUCUUUCUCCUAUGGAUACAUUUGUGAGAAUAAUAAAGAAGAAAUCAACGGAAGAUUUCUCAAGCAUGCCUUAUAUUUGCACAUUGCUUAACUCCUCUCUAUGGACUUACUAUGGAAUCAUAAAGGAAGGAGAGUACCUUGUGGCCACUGUUAAUGGCUUCGGCGUCUUCGUCCAGAUUAUCUACAUUCUUCUAUUCCUUCUCUAUGCACCAAAAACAAUCAAGAUAAAGAGUGCGAUUAUGGCUGGGAUAUUGGAUGUUGGGGUGUUGGGAGCAGCAAUAUUAACAAGUGAAAUAGCAUUGAAGGGAGAGACUCGUACUAAUGCAGUUGGUGUUAUGGGUGCAGGCCUUAACAUUCUUAUGUAUGCUUCACCUCUUGCUGCCAUGAAAACAGUGGUGACGACAAAGAGUGUAGAAUAUAUGCCAUUCUUUCUUUCGUUUUUCUUCUUUCUAAACGGUGGCGUUUGGUUGUUUUACGCUUUUCUUGUUCGCGAUGUUAUUCUUGGGGUGCCAAAUGGUAGUGGAUUUGUACUGGGAGCGAUGCAGUUGAUACUAUAUUGUAUCUAUAGAAAUGGAAAAUCAUCAUCUAAGCACGUUUCAAAGCAGGGAUUGGAAGAAGGAUCUCAAUACAAUGAGCAUCUCAUUUCUCAUCCCCAACUUAGCUAAAACCUACUUCAAUUCCUUAGCUUGUCCAGAACUUCAUCAUUAUAUGGUGAAGUCUAUGCUAUGGAGAUAUGGUGGGCCCCAUUUUUUGCAAUAUUUUUUAUUGUUAUUUUUAAAUUUAAAAAUGUUUUUGAAUAUUUUAAAAAAUUCCUUUAAUUUUAGUAAUUUUUUAAAAAUAUUAUUAAAACUAUAUAGUCACAAUGGUCGUCAUAGCAUGCAACUUAUAUAUGUCAUGUUUGCAAAUCUUUUAUGUAAUAUUAUUACAUACACUUUACUCUUCAUAAGUAUUGAGUGAUCAAAUCAUAAAAUAAAAAAAAAAUUGUUAAUGUAUUUAAAGUGUGUUCCACAUAUUUAAGGGAAAUGUUCUUAUUCUUCGGUACCAAAAGGAUUACAAAAAAAUAAAUAAAUAAAUAAAUAAAUGUUCUUGCUUUAGGCCUUAGGGUAGCAAUAUUUGAAGGAAAAAUAUAGGGAGAUAACGAGAAUACUAAACAAUAUGAAUAAUAUAUAUAUUGAAUGUUCAAUUUAAUAUGUAUGCACAUAAUUAUGUUGAUUAUUCUCAUGGUUAUUUUUUUUAU